UCAUUCUUUACACCAGACACAUUACUCUACCCAUAAUGACCAAUUCUCUCCAACUUUCUAAUAUUCCUCUUGAAUUAAUAUGUCUCGUGCUACAACAAAUGAGCAUUGAAGACCUGGUCAGAAUUGAACGCACCAAUAGACACAUUCAGUCCUUAGUACUGUACGAAAUUGAGAAACGCAUACAGCACUGGAGCGAAGGAUCAAGUAGUGGUGAUGAGCAGCUAAAGUGGAGAAUGCUUGUCCACUUGUCUGAACAAGAAGCACGACCAUACAAAUUUGAUCCUAUCACCAAGCAAGUCACAUGCGAAGUUCCUAUGAAGCCUAUCGAGAUUCGAUUAUGUUGGGAUCAUCGACGAGAAGUACACUGUCAAUUGCUGCAACGUCAAAAUAACCCAUCCUCGUCCGCCGUCAAGAGCAUCAAUGAUGGCUUCACUUUCACCCUUGAACCUACUACACCUGUGGGCAAGACGACUGAGUGCCAUACUAAGGGCAAACGCUGCGAAAUCGACGCUGCCGUUAGGAAGGAGCAAGAAUGCGGCGAGACCACCUAUGCCCUUCAAGUGACCGAACUGCGAGUACCUUUAGAAUUACUUGCAAGCUCGUAAAUUGCGAAAGAAUAUUCUAGCACUCAGCCAUACCCUACCAUAUAUUCUAAUAUGGUUAAUCCAAAGACCACACACAACAAUACCCGCAUUUCCCUUCGCAUGUACCAUAGAACAACCAAAAAUGUUUUGGCAUUUUCAUUUCAUUUCAUUCCCAUCCACUUAAUAAAGCAACAAUACAUGAAUUUACCUCUUUCAAUAAUA